CUCUGCGGCCCUGCGGUCCCCUCGGCCUCCUGCCCUUGCGGUCGCGGCGCCCGUCCCUCCCUCGCUCUGCUGUAGCCUCGCGCACCGGGGCCCCGGAGCCGGGCAGGGGCGGGAGCCGCGGGAUUGCGCCUGAGCCCAUGGGGCCCCCUCCUCUCCUACCCCAGCAGGUACCCUGGAGGAGUCAUGGAGCUGAGCACCAAGAAGAAGCUUCACGCCCUGUCCCUGGCAGAGAAGAUCCAGGUCCUGGAACUCCUGGAUGAAUCCAAGAUGUCCCAAUCUGAGGUGGCCCGGCGCUUCCAGGUCUCCCAGCCCCAGAUCUCCCGCAUCUGCAAGAAUAAAGAGAAGCUUCUGGCGGACUGGUGCAGUGGUACAGCCAACCGGGAGCGUAAACGCAAGCGGGAGUCCAAGUACAGUGGGAUCGAUGAGGCGCUGCUCUGCUGGUAUCACAUUGCCCAGGCCAAGGCAUGGGAUGUGACGGGGCCCAUGCUGCUGCACAAGGCCAAGGAGCUGGCUGACAUCAUGGGCCAGGAUUUUGUGCCCAGCAUAGGCUGGCUGGUCCGCUGGAAACGUAGAAACAAUGUAGGCUUUGGGGCUCGGCAGGUCCUUGUCCCUCCGUUCCCUCCUGAACCACCUCCACCAGAGCUUCCAUCCCAGGCCCAUCCGCCUCUUUCCCUGAAAGACUUCUCCCCAGAAAAUGUUUUUGGCUGUGUGGAAGUGCCCUUGCUAUAUCGGGCGGUACCCGGCAGAGCAUUUGCAUGUGAUCAGUUGCAGGUGUUGCUGUGUGCCAACAGCAGGGGCACAGAAAAGCGAAGGGUGUUAGUGGGUGGACUCCAGGCUGCCCCCAGAUGCUUCUUUGGGGUCAACAGUGAAGCACUACCUGCCUCUUACCACCCUGACCCAGGAAUCCCCUGGUCAGAGUGGCUGGCACAGUUUGACCAAGACAUGGGGCAGCAGGGCCGACAGGUAGCCUUGCUCCUGGCUGCUCAAGUGGUGGAGGAGUGGGCCAGGCCUCCUGGACUCCACCACGUGCGACUCCUGCCUCUGUCUACCUCCAGCACCACACCUUCCCUGCCCGACUCUGUGGUCUGGGCCUUUAAGGCCCAUUACCGUCACCGUCUGCUGGGCAAACUGGCUGCCAUCCAGAGUGGGAGAGAGGGCACCUCACUGGCCAAGGCUGGGGCUGGCAUCACAGUACUGGACGCGCUGCACAUGGUGGCGGCAGCCUGGGCCAUGGUGCCUCCUCAGCUCAUUUUGAGCAGCUUCAUUCAGGAAGGGCUUGCUCCUGGCAGGACACCACUGUCCCUGGACAGACCUGAGGUGCCACCAGCCCCUGUUGGGCUGAGCCAGGAGGAGUUUUCCCACUUUGUGGACUUGGAGGGUGAAGAGCCAGGGCCUAGAGUCUGCAAAGAAGAAACAGGCACUGAGGACAAUGAAAGACGGGAAGAAGCUGACUUUGAGCCCCUGCCCACUAAAGCCGAAGCCCUGACGGCCCUGGGCACCUUGAGGAGGUGGCUUGAGUGCAACAGCACCUCCCCGAAGCCCUUUGAGAAAUUCUAUGACUGUGAGGUGGAGGUGGAGCGCCUCUGCUGCCUGUGAGGGGGCCCAGAGUCCCUCUCCUGUUUCCCAUGGAAACGUGGAAAUGCCACUCCAGAGGCAGACUGGCUCUUUCCUGUGGAAAUACAGUGUGUGGAAGGCAUAGAAGAGAGGGAAGUCGGAGCACCAAGUCUAAGGUCAGAGUGAAAGAGUCCAGAAGCUUCAAAGAUGGGGCCUUGCAAGUGGCCAUCCGGGCUUUGUAGCUCUGAAACCCUGGUGAAAGUUCUAGAACCUUGGGAAGAAAUUAGUCUAGAGAGCCUGGAUCUUGGGAAGGUGGGACUUGGGUUUCACUACAGUGGUUCCAUCCCUUGAGCUCUGGGUUAAAAACUAUUCUACUUCUGCAAAUAAAGUUCUAACCAGA